AUGAUCGCUCAAGUGACACUGUUGCUGGUCAUCUCGACCCUGGUAGUCGCGGGAGGUCACGGUGGCUACGGGCAUUAUGGUGGCUCCAGCAGGACGUACAGGAAACAGAAUGACCACGGUCACUACGGCUUCGGCUACGACAUCGUAAACGGCUAUGGCGCCGUCAACGGCCGCCACGAGACCGGCUCGGCGUACGGCCCCGUGCACGGCUCCUACUACCUGGGUGACAUCGACGGCCGCCACCGGCAGGUGCACUACGUCGCCGACAAGUGGGGAUUCCGGGCCAUGGUGAAGACUAACGAACCGGGAACCAAGAGCAGCCUUCCGGCCGCCGCUCCUUACCACUCGGCGCAUGGCAAGACGGUGCCUGCCUACGGACACGGCGGAUACGGCGGAUACGGUGGACACAGAGGCUACGGAGGAUACGGUGGCUACGGGGGCCACGGGUAUUACGGCUAGAGCGUCGUCAUCGUUUCUCUAGAGCUGCGCCGUCCUGACCCUUCUUGUUAAUUGUCUCUCUACUCGCCUUGUUUCCCUUUUCCCUGCUCCAGUGGCUCUUGGCUUCUUCCUCGCUUACUCGUUUCAGCACUGUUAUAUAAACUGAAGACCUACUACCGUUCAGAAAACCAGAAGACUUCGAGUGUGUUCGCCCAUGUCAAGACAAUAAUCUUUCUGCAAAUAUGCACAUGUUCUACGUCUGUUGGUGAUAUUUCUGUGCUUUCUUUGCUUGUCACGUUUCUCGUGUUCAAUGUAUGUGCCAACGCUUGAUGCGUAAAAAUGGACUGUAAAUAAACGUUGCUAUA